ACAGUAUGAUUCGAGGCGGUAUGGCGUCGGGAAAGAGAAAAGGCAGCCCCACUCCACGGAGCAGAUCUGUCUCUGGCAGUGAAUCCAUCAUCUCCACCGGAGCUCGACCCAAGACAGCUGUGGUUCAGCGAAAGCUUGUCAAAACCAAUUCAAAGACUCAAAUCACUGCUGAACAGACGCCUUCUUCUUCAAGUGCAGCUGUCAAACCCAAAGUGGAUGCAAAACAACAAUAUGGUCAAAACUCUGUCGACCAGGAAAUGGAAAAAUGGCAGCUCCAUACACUGAUACUGACCUACUUGACAGCACAGUUGGAGAGCCGUAAUGCAAAACUCAGAGCUUUGGCAGAGGAAGGUCUCCAGUUCCAACUGAAGCAAUUCGACAUGUGCAGUGAAUUGGUCUGUGAGAACGAGCGCAAACAUGACCUUGCUGAGAAGGAAAAGGAAGUGGAUGAGGUGCUGGACUUGCAGGUUGCUACUCUGACUCCAGUGGCAACAAUUGCUCCACAGUUCACAAACUACUACAGUUAUUUCACAAAAAACUUGGCUUGCAUGGAACAUCUGCUGUCUGUCUACAAUUACUACAUUGGCGGAAACGAAAUUGAAUUUCUCGAUGAAGCUGAGAAUUCCCUCAAGGAGAGUGAGGAUAUACUUGUGGAAUUUGAAGAGGCGGAUAACAAACAAAAUGCUGCAUCUCUGGAGCUCGUCAGAUGCAUGAAGACGACCUCCAAGGUGGUCAGUCAGCAGCUUGCAAGUUCAUUUGAAAUGCUGCUGAAGCUGUGCUCGCUGGCCUGCCGCUAUUCAGUGAAUGUCCAGCAGGGCAAAGAGGAAGAACAACUUGGUGAUUCAAGGAUCCGUGAGCUUUUCUCCACAGUGAUGCUCAGUAAAGUCUGAAAUUACGUAGCUCAUGCACUUUGAGUCCUCUGAGAAAACUGUUCAAAUUAUUGUAGCCGCUACACAUUUUUUUGUCUCCUGUCGGUGAAGUUUAAAGUCCUGGGUCACAAGAAAAGGAACAGCUGGAGCUCUGAGCUCAAACAGCUGCAACCGCUGCAACAACAGCAAUCCCAGAAACGAAUGGAAAAGUUAUAAGGAAACGGGCUUCAAAGGAGACAAGUAGACCCACUUCCUGUAUGUGUGGAAGCAGCAGUGGGAGAGAGGAAAUAGUUUAACACGCCUGUGUACCGGACACACAAGCAAGAAUGGCGAAAGGAGCAGGACCAGCAGAAGGUAUGGCUAAGGUCAUCCCACUGUGUUUCACAUCAAGGAGGAAAGAGCUAAUUCAGCCUCAGAGCAGCCCAAGGAACCGCCGGGCACUGAAGAACUUUCUCCAGGAAGUUGAGGGUCCAGGAAGGAUUAUGUCCUGUCAAUGCUGCAUCUUCCGGUGAAGGCCAUGCAAGGUGGCGGCACAGCGAAACCGGGAAAAACCCGCCGUUGUUGCAGUGAAGAGUGAACUGGCAAAUCAAUAAAGUCUGCAGGACUUCAGCCAGAGUGGCUACGGAGAACCAAGACAAAAGCUUUGCUUUCUGCAGGUGCGAAGCAGAACAAAUAAAAGACAGAAGGCAGGACGACAUUAAAGUUUCCUGUGUGGAUGCUUCAGAGGACAAAGGCAAGAAGAAACGAAAUGCUGGCAAAAGUGAAAGAAACUUCACCAGGAAGCUCAAGGAAGACGAAGGUGGAGGAAGACCUGCAGUCGGGUCAGCUCUUCAAAAUCACAAUCAGAAAUACUCCAUUGAUCAUCCAGGGGAAAUUCUUACCUUUCUGAGUCAAAAUAAAGCUUUUGUUGAAGAAACACAUGACAGAAGUAAAGUUGCUGACAAAAACAUGGCUCAUUAUAUAAAUCAGCUCAACUAUGAACAUUUAGUUGACAUAGUGUUCGUAUUUGAACAUUAAUAGCAUCAUAAAGACAGAGCACCGCCCUCAUCUGAGGCUCAGUCAAACCUGGCCUCCGGAUGUAGGCGGGGCAGCGCUGUGUCGCACUGUGUCCGUUGCCGAGUCUCUUCUCAGUAUUUUAAUGAAAAUUAAAAGAAAAUGUAAAAACGGCCAAGUUCAAUUCAUAAUUAGUUUAUAAAAUCACUGGAAAAUACAACCAUUUAUUUUUGUAAUUUUAUUUUAUUUUUAUUUUUGUGACGGUCGGGGAAGCCCGGCCUCCCCUUCCUCCUCACGGCACGUCGCUGCUCCGUUGUGUUUUGGUUUCCCAGCGUCCCUGUUCCGUAAUAAAAGAUUAUCAUUUUUUCUUUUUAUAAUCUAUUUUUGUCCUGGAAAUUAGUUUUCUUUGUUGGCCUGCUUGUGCCUUGAGCUUAGCUCUUUUUUUUGUCUUUUGAUAACCUUUUUUUGUCCUGGAAAUUAGUUUUC